CUUUCAACCAGCACGACCGCGCCAAUUACUUCUGCAUUACCGCGCCCCAUCCGCUCGACCCGACUACCAAACUAUAAUGUUUUGGACCAUCAUCUGCUUUGACACGUAGAAUAUCCAUUAAAUCGACAAUAAAAUAGCCCAAUUCGCCAAUUCGACGCGCUAUAACCCGCUUGCUUUGUUUCUCAACUCCAUAUAAUUAUAGCUUACACCAUAAUGACCUCCGCAUCGCCGACGCCCGGAGCGUCCAGUCAUCAUCCGGGCGCUGUAACGAGAAAAUCGUCGCUAAGAUCGGGGUUGAGGAGGGCUCCCUCUAGAUCGCAGAUCGGCCGUGCCGAAUCCAAUAUUCCAGCUCCAGUUCAUGCCGUUCAUGCCUCCAAGUCGCAAUACGCGAGCAAUGAUAGUUCAGAUGACGAGAUCCCUGUGCCUAUGAAGCUCAGCGCUCUUACCAAAGCUCUUCUCAACGACGAGGGAGCUGAACAAGAACGAGACAAUGGACGCGUUAGAACUCGGGCUCAAGCCCAUCGCCCUUCGUCGCCCGUCUACGCAGAGCAAGACAAACCUGCCAAGAGGCGCAGCGUCCUCGGAUCAGCAGCUUCAAUCGGCGAAGAGAGAAGGCAUACCCGUGCCAGCAGCUCUCAGUUGCCAUCAAGACCAACCUCACCUGUCAGAAGUCAGCCUAGUAGAGAAAGUAGCCCCGUCAGGAAGCGUGUCGUCCGGUUAAGUGCUGCGUCUGCAACAUCUGCUGCUACCUCGCUGCCUAAAGCUCCCGCAAAGAGGAGGUCAACAUCAACGUCAACGUCGUUCUCCGCUUCGCAAAGCAGGAACCGCCCUCCAAGUCGAGCUGAUAGUGUCGCGGACGAGAAGGCUAAUGGUUCGCUGAUCAAGGAGAAGGAUUUAAAUACGCCGGCUCAGCAAGGGCGCGUGGUCAGAAUCGCUGUCGGAUCGUCGGGCAAUAGGGGUCGCUCGUCGGCUUCGUCGGCGAUGUCUUCUAGGCCAACUGACUUAGCCUCAUCGUUCCAUUCUCACGGCGUGCCAUCUGACGAAACUGACCUUCCCGAUGCUCCUCAGACUGUUCCCCGGCAACAGGGGUCUUCCAAUCCGGGAAGCGCCUCUAGGUUAGGCUCUAACGGAUCUAGGAAUCGCAACGACGAAAAUCAAGCAGUGCAGAGCUCAAUGCGUGUUAAGAGAGUAGGAAAGGUUCCUGGCAGGUUUCUCAGCGGCCCAGCACGCCGAGGACGAAGAAGACAAAGCGAAGAGGACGCCGAGAAUGGAAGAGAACCUCUCCGAUCCGGUCAGGAAUCCGAUGCGCCUCAUGCUCGGGGUCCCGAAGACUACGAUCCGUUAGAUAACCUUGCGUCCUCGUAUUACGUGCCCGACCGUCUCGCCAUGGGGAGUCCUGUUAGCUCUAGGGGAUCUGCAAGGGCGGCCCAGAGAAGGGAACUGUCUACUGCGGCGGAAAAUGGACACGUCUCACGGUCACGACAGACUUCACCAGAACAAGACGAAAUUCCAAUCCCACAUUAUCGGGUCCCACCCCCUCGAUCCGAAAUGCCGGCGAGACAAGAUCAGGAGAACGAGGCCCCGCCGACCUUCAAGAGGAACAAACCCCCUGUAGGAAGCUUUCUGGAGAAAGAUAUGCCUAAGAAUUCAGCCCGUCCUUCGAGUGCUGCCGAGGUGGGUUCCGCACGACUUAUCUCUCCGGACCGCAAGGCAUUAAGCUCUCUGAGCCAGAACACACCUCGUAGGGCAGCACCGGCGCCUCCACCCAAGAUGUCGAUCCUGGACGCAGCUACCUCUGCAGCUGGAGCAGCAACUACGGUACAAGCGGCGAAGAGACGAAAUUACAUGAAAGUCAACGGAAAAUGCUACACGAGGCUCGACUCCCUCGGCCGUGGAGGUAGCGGAAAGGUAUACCGAGUUGCAGCCGACAACGGGAAGAUGUUUGCGUUGAAGCGCGUCUCUAUCGAGGGUGCAGACGAGAAUACGGUCCGAGGCUAUAAAGGCGAAAUCGACCUGUUGAAGAAGCUAAAUAACGUCGAGCGUGUCGUCACUCUAUACGAUUACGAGAUGAACGAAGAGAAACAGGUCCUCAGCCUGCUUAUGGAAAUGGGCGAGUUGGAUCUUAACACGCUCCUACGCCUCCGGCUGUCGCCCGAGAAUGCCAAAUUUGAUCCAGUCUUCGUGCGCUACUACUGGCAGGAGAUGCUCGAAUGUUUGGCGGCGGUACACGUCCAUGAUAUCGUCCACUCGGAUCUGAAACCUGCCAACUUUGUUGUUGUUCAAGGUCGAUUGAAGCUAAUCGACUUUGGCAUUGCCAACGCUAUUCAGACCGACGAGACCGUCAAUGUGCACCGUGAGACCCAGGUCGGCACUCCCAACUAUAUGAGUCCGGAGAGUCUUCUCGACUCUAACACAACUGAUUCCGCCGGCCACCGCAUUACCUCCAUCGGCAAUGCACCGCGCCCCAAACUUAUGAAGCUGGGCAAACCAAGCGAUAUCUGGAGCUUAGGCUGCAUACUGUUCCAGAUGGUGUAUGGCACGCCACCCUUCGGCCAUAUCCCUAACCAGAUGGCACGUUGCCACGCCAUCAUCAAUUGGCAGUACGAUAUCGAGUUCCGCGACAAGGGCAUUGGCGGAGCAUCUGUCCCUCCCAGCCUCCUGCGAACUAUGAAGCGCUGCCUUAGCCGCGACCAGCACCUACGUCCCACUUGUGAAGAAUUGCUGUCUAGGACGGACCCGUUCCUGUACCCCGUCGAAGCGCCGGCAGGGACGCUACCUAUCACCGAAGAGUUGCUCGGACGAAUUAUUCAGAGCGUCGUUACCCGGUGUCGCGAGAGGAUGCCAACCGAGGCCGAGGCACUAAGCGUCUGGCCUCAGGCUUAUUGGGGCAGCGUCGCUAAAGCUGUUGGCAGAGAGGUGGCUUCGAGAGCCGCUCCCGAAGACACAAGGUGACAGACAGGACGGGGUUUGGAAAGCUAAUAAUAAAACAUGACUUAUGACUGAGGAACUGAAAAAUUACGGCUGGAUAAGAGGGGAUGGCAGCCCGUUUGCAUACGUACGGGCUCGUGUGGAUGGACAAUUGUUUUUGGGAUACUAGAAUCCCGUUGUUUAAAUUCCCUUUUUUUACCAUUCAAGAAGUCGUUGGGGAGAGGUAUCGUCCCCAUCGAGAGAUAUCCCUGAUGUUCUGCUCACGCUUAUGCCGCAUUAGCCACGGAGUUCAGGAUAGGCACGGGAUGAUGCUUCAUCGUUAGACACGGCUUGUUGGGGCUGUGGUUGAUUUUAGCGAUACGUUUGUGGUUGUUUUUACGCUUUCCGUGAAACUUUACUUUUUAAUGAGAACUCAAACCUGAUCAUUUUUAACAUUUAA